AUGGACAGGUUUCGAAGACGUUCGACGGCGGAGGAAAGCUUCGGUCGGCUCGAGAGGCGUUUGAGUGGACUCUCCGUAUCUCGGAAGGGCGGCGUCUCCUUGGGGCCUCCGGAAGCAGAUGAGGAUCUGCUGAUUGAAAGCGAGGAUCUCAAGGGACCUUUGGGACUCAACUUACUUUGUACAGUGCCCGAGCCACAUAUCGAUUUCAUUUUCAUCCAUGGAUUGGGAGGAGGCUCUCGGAAGACAUGGUCCAAAACAAUCGAUCCCUACCACUUCUGGCCUAAAGAAUGGUUAUCUCGAGAUCCAGAGUUUAGCCAUGUCCGCGUUCACAGCUUCGGGUAUAAAGCUGAUUGGGCGGAAAAGAAAGCCAGCUUCUUAAAUAUUCAUGAUUUUUCGCUGUCUCUCCUUGGAGAGAUACAAUGCAGCCCCGAGAUUCGUCGGAGUAAUGCAUAUAUCCUCGCCCGAGAAGACCCCACUCUCAGAGAUUUUGCUAGUAGAAUCCAUACAAUGUACUUCCUAGCAACUCCUCACCGUGGGUCUGACCUCGCCAAGACGCUACUGAAUAUCUUGAAGGUGUCCUUUGGUCACAAGCCUUUCGUGGUGGAAUUGGAACGCAACUCGGACUCUAUUCAGUCAAUUAACGACAGCUUCCGGUACUUCGCGGAUGAUCUUCAAUUGUGGUCGUUUUAUGAAACCCUACCGCUCCGCUUGGUGUUGGCCAAUGCUGUUAUUGUUGACAAAUCGUCAGCCACUCUUGGAUUUGCUAAAGAACGGUGCUCACUUCUCAAUGCGGACCAUAGCGGAGUUUGCAAAUUUAAUACCCCGACGGAUCCGAACUAUAAAAGCCUCCGAAACGCGUUCAUUACCACGGUUGAUUCUAUCCUUUCUGGAGUAUGCGAGACCACGAAGAUCGAAUCGUCCAAGCUGACUGGACUCACUGGGAUCACUGAACCACCAAUAGACGACCUCUUUGCUCUAGAAGAGAUGCGAAUCUCUGGAACAUGCGAAUGGCUGGGCACAAAAUCAGGAUAUAAGACAUGGAAAUCCGCUUGGUCUCUUAGCCGGCCAAUAUUCUGGCUUACUGGAAACGCAGGCACCGGAAAGUCCGUACUGUCAAGCUACGUCAUCAAUGACCUCGAAGGGAACAACCUCCGGUGCAGCUACUUCUUUUUCAAGCAAGGAAGCGGAAGCAGGUCCUCUGUAUCUGGAUGUCUACUAUCGAUCGCCUUCCAGAUGGGCCAGGCGGACGAAACAAUUCUCAGGCGUUUGACCCAACUUUCUGAGGGGUCUGAGACUUGGGAGCAAUUAGAUGAAAAGACGCUAUGGCGUAAGGUCUUUCAAGGGGCUAUAUUCAAGGAGCCCAAUCCUGAGCCAUGUUAUUGGGUCAUUGAUGCUCUUGAGGAAUGUAGUAGAUUUCCUGUCCUUAUCUCCCUACUUGCCAGAGCGCCCCCAUACUUGCGAAUAUUUCUCACAAGCCGCCUUACUCCGGAGGUGUAUCAGUGCCUUGCAUCUCAUAGUGUGGCUAUUGAGAGUUACAGUAUACAGGCACAGGACACACUCAUCGAUUUAGGGAUAUUCGUUGAUUCGAGAACGGAUUCUCUUCCUGCUGGGAAUGAUGGCAGUCACAAGAGCCUUCGAGCCAGAAUUCUGGAGAAGGCUAAGGGAUCUUUUCUAUGGACAUCCCUUGUGGUUCGAGAACUCGAGGGGGUGUACUCAGAAGAGGCGGCCGAGGAAGUGUUAAUUGAAGUACCCGCAGACAUGAACAACCUAUACGCAAGAAUGCUAGAGAACAUCCCUCGCAAAGGUCAGACUCUAGCACGAUCCAUCUUCACUUGGACACUCAUGAGCAUGCGACCUUUAUCGCUGAAUGAAAUCAGCCACGCGGUUAAACUGGACACCAACGAGACUGUUCACAAUCUGGCCAAAGCUAUCAUCGCUAUUUGCGGACAGCUCAUUGGAGUCGAUCAAAAAGGCCGGGUUCAAUGUAUCCACCAAACCGCAAAGGUGUUCUUACUGCAGCAGGAAGGAGUCCCCGCCCUCAGUAUUCAUAAGUCAGAUUCUCACUCAAGAAUUGCUGAAUUAUGCCUGAUAUCGCUCAACAUGAACUUUGGUCAGGGGGGCCGCCGACAAAAACUGAGAAUGAACAAGGCUUCCACAGUGUCUGAGGCUGAUGUUACGGACUACGCCGCAAUAUACUUUUCUGAUCAUCUACAUAAGUGCUCCUCGGAGAACUCUAGACUCUGGGCUUUGCUAGCAGAAUUUUUGGAGGGCUGUGUUUUGAUGUGGGUCGAAUAUCUCGCUGAAGGAGGGAAAUUGCAGCACAUCACCCGCACAGCUAAAAAUCUGAAAUCGUACUUGAUGCGCCGCCUCAAGCACAUGCAGCCCUUCUCCAACGAGAAAGAAAUUCUGGAAGCAUGGAUCCAUGACUUGAUAAGGCUGAACGCAAAAUUCCGCACGGCCCUUGCAACUUGUCCAUCUGCUAUUCACAAUAUUGUUCCUGCACUAUGCCCGUCAGAGUCGAUGAUAUCGUCGAUUUAUGCCUCUCGACCUCGCGGGAUUACCGUCAAAGGGCCAAUAGAGAGGACAUGGAAUGAGUGUCUAGCGACAAUCGACUAUAACACAGCUCAGACAAGUGCAGUAGCCCAUGGAGAUUGUUACUCGGCUGUCGGGAUCUCUGAUGGAAAUAUUUACCUCUAUGUCCGAGAUUCCACGGUAAUUACUGCGACCUUGUGCCAUGGAGAGCGGGUCAAGAUCCUUGUAUUUAGCGACGAUGAGCUUUUCCUUGCUUCGAGUGGCCUGCGUAAGGUGACGAUAUGGGAUCUACGGACUCGGAAACAAUCACGGAUCUUCGAGGUGCAUCACCAACCCCUCACCCUCGCAUUCAGUGACAACAGCGCAUUUCUGGUUGCUGCAACACAGGGGAACUAUACAAUCACCUGGGACCUUCAAGAGGAACGAAUCGAAGCUGAAACCUGGUCUUGGACUAGCAGAUUUCACGAAACGGCUGGCCAGACUAGGCCAGCUCAGCCCCCAGGAAAGGCUCUCUUGUCUGACGAUUGUGCUAUGCUUGCAGUCAGUUAUAGGGGACGACCCGUCUAUCUAUUCGAUAUGAAGACCGAAUCCCUUGUUGGUCCUUGCAAUAGGAAAUCUACUUCUAUUGCUGCAAGGCAGUAUGUCGUUGACGCCCUGGCAUUUAACCCGAAUCGUGAGAUAAAUGCCCUCGUGGUAUCUUACGGUGAUGGAAAUCUUGUCGUAUACGACAUAUGGUCUGCUGAGUCCCGCUACCAGACUCAGGAUGUUUUUGCUCACACACUUGCAUGUUCUCCAGAUGGUCGUACCCUUGUUACUGGAAGUUCUCGCGGCACAAUUCAGAUCUUCGAAUUUUCUGGGGCGCAAGGUACAAGCCUUACACUAAUCUAUCGAAUCGAUGCAUUUGAGGAAGGCAUUCGUGGUAUAGCAUUCAGCAGGGACAGUUUGCGUUUUACUGAUAUUCGGGGCUCUCAAUACCGCAUCUGGGAGCCGGCUGUGCUCGUCGGUAAUGACUAUGAAGGUAGUCAGAGUGAGCUUAGUCAAGCAGCAACCCUGAAGCCAAAAUCCGUGGGUAUGCUUGAAGGGCCCCCAGAGGCUGAAAUCACAGCUAUAUGCACUGAUUGCAGCGGGAGAUACCUCUUCUAUGGGAAGCAAGAUGGCGCUGUAGCAUACAUGGAUAUUCAGAGCGCCACCCAGCGAGAAGUUCUCUAUCAACAUGCACUGAAUGUGAGGAUCACUUGCAUGGCUUACUGUGAUCAAACCGGUGUACUUGUUACAGCGGACGAGUCAAGUCGGAUCAUUGUGAGCACAGUCAAAGUUACAGCUGUUGGAUGUGAAGGAGCAUCAAUAGUGGGUGAUUUACGUUCCCAGGACCCUAUAAUGGCUCUUCUUCUGAACACAAGUGGGACAAAAAUACUCGUCAAGGGAAGGCAUUCGGCUCAUAUAUGGACAACAUUUGGUAUCCGAACGGGUACUGAAAUAAGUCUAAGUCGGCCUGAGGGUAAUUAUACGCUCUUGAAUCACCAGUCAUCCCCUGACCAUUUCAUAAUAAUUGGUCCGGACUGCCAGAGGAUUUAUUCGUGGAAUGAGAUUGCGAUAUCGUCAGACCGAAUUGACAAGGUUGACAACGAGGGUUCAAUUAAUGAAAGUGACCCUGUUUUUCAGGCUCUGGAUCACAGGGCUAAGACGAACAUCAACCCCAGCCGAUAUAUUGUCUCCCUAUGCGUUACACCACAAAGCUAUGAGCAAGCCGCGCGGGUAAAGCUCAUGCUAUGGGAAACUGCUCAGAUCUUCUUCGAUCAAGAAUGGCCCAUUGAGACUCCUCUGCCUGGAUUUGAACACAUAUCAGCCAAAAUAACCCAGGUCAUUGGUGUCACAGGGAGCGUCGUCCUGUUCUUGGACAGCGAUCUCUGGAUCUGCAGUGUUGAUGUAAGGCAAUGGAACGCUGAGAGGCAAGGUGCUCGGAGGCAUUUUUUCCUAAUGCCAGAAUGGAAGGGAAACAACCAGAACUUUCUGGUUGAGUACAUUCCCAGCCGACGUGAAUUUCUGGUCGUUAAGAAACACGAGGUGCUGGUCAUAAAGCGGGGCCUUGAUGUUGCAGUGCCCCUUGAAUAA